AGAGGAUCACAAUGAUGGAGAAUAACAACAUGAUGUCCAGAUAUGCAUCUGAAUUCCAUGAGUUGGAGAAGAUCGGUUCUGGAGAGUUUGGUUCUGUUUUCAAAUGUGUCAAGAGGUUGGACGGCUGUAUUUACGCCAUCAAACGCUCCAAAAAGCCCCUGGCAGGCUCUGUGGAUGAGCAAAAUGCACUUCGUGAGGUAUAUGCACAUGCAGUUCUUGGACAGCACCCCCACGUUGUGAGGUAUUAUUCUGCUUGGGCAGAAGAUGACCACAUGCUGAUCCAGAAUGAGUACUGCAACGGAGGAACCCUGUCUGAUGUUAUUGCUGAGAACAAUAGACGCAUGCACUUCCUUUCUGAGAUGGAGUUGAAGGAUCUGCUGUUGCAAGUCUCUCGUGGACUCAAGUACAUUCACUCUACAGCACUUGUUCACAUGGAUAUCAAGCCAAGCAAUAUAUUCAUUUCACGCAAACCUGCUGCUAGUGUAGAGGAAUUUGAAGAUGAAGAAGAUGGUCCCACCACAAGAGUGGUGUACAAAAUAGGUGAUCUAGGUCAUGUUACAACGGUUACCAAUCCACAAGUUGAAGAAGGUGACAGCAGAUACCUGGCAAAUGAAGUUCUUCAAGAGGACUACAGUAACCUGAAAAAGGCAGACAUAUUUGCCCUUGCUCUGACUGUAAUCGGUGCCUCUGGAGCAGAGCCCCUUCCUACCAAUGGAGAAAAGUGGCAUAAAAUCCGACAAGGCAUCCUGCCCCAUAUCCCACAAGUGCUUUCUCAGGAAUUUUUAAGCUUGUUAAAGCUUAUGAUCCAUCCUGACCCAACACGGCGUCCCUCAACCUCUGACCUCGUCAGACAUCCUGUUCUUCUGACUGCUUCCAGAAUGAGUGCCGAUCAGCUGCGUGUAGAGCUCAACGCUGAGAGAUUCAAGAACGCACUUCUGCAAAAGGAGCUGAAGAAAGCUCAGAUGGCAAAGGCUGCAGCAGAAGAGAGGGUUCUGACCACAGACCGUGUUCUUACACGUUCCACAGUCCAAUCCAGCUCCAGAACUUCUCGACUCAUCGGGAAAAAGAUGAACCGUUCUGUUAGUCUCACCAUUUAUUGAACUGAACCCCAGACAAAGGAGAUUAUCAGCCCUAAGUGGGAACUACAGUGGUGCUUAUCAAAGACUUGGGCAACAGACAGAUUUGUCUGUAGUCAGAAGGAUGGCGCAGACUGUUUUGUGACAUAGUGCUUAUACUGUUUGGGACAAGUACCAUGGGCUUUACUGAAGCUUGGGUCCUUCUGCAUUGUAUAGGCACUAGUGUCUGAGUACAUAAUGCAGAUCUGCCCUUACCAUUUAGGUGUGCCUUCUCAAAAUCUCUGACAGAAUUGCCUUAAGAUGGACACUUUU